AUGUGGCCUCUCAUUGCUGCGUUUUCGCUUUUAUCUGCAACCAUCGUCCAAGCCCUUCCCCAUACCAACAGUAGCCAUCACCCAUCCACAGAGUUGAAAUGGCGCCCGUGCAACUUGCCAUUCCCAAAAAGCUUGAGGGAACAAAUCACUGUUCCCAUCGACUGCGCAACUCUCAAAGUCCCUCUGGACUACACUAAGCCGAAACUUGGAAAGACCCUGGGUCUUCAGCUGGUAAAGGUUCAUGCCACCAAGGAACCGCGCAAGGGAAGCGUCAUUUUCAACCCCGGGGGCCCGAGUUCUUCGGGAGUCGAGGAAGUGGUAGUAAAAGGACCCAAAUAUGUGGAGACGCUGGGCGGACAGUUCGAUGUCAUCGGUUUUGAUCCUCGUGGAACCGGACACACUAUGCCCUACAUCUGCAACACGACCGCCGUGCAGGAAAACAAAACAGAAAAGAAAACCCGCAGCACACCUGCGAGCCUCCCCCAAGAAAAUAUGUGGGACAUUCUCAAAUCCAAAGCAUGGCACGACGGCGGCCUCCUAGCCACAGCAUGCCACCAGACUCUUAAAGACACCGGCCACCUAUACGGCACCGCGUUCGUCGCACGAGACAUGCUUCGCAUCGUUGACGCCUUGAACGAAGACGGAAAGCUGCGCUUCUGGGGCCGAUCCUACAGCACAGCGCUAGGGCAAACCUUCGCCGCUAUGUUCCCCGACCGCGUGGGGCGGAUGCUGCUUGACAGCGUCCUCCUCGCCGACGACUACUACUCAGGAAACUGGGCCACGUCCGCCGCGCAAACAGACGCAUCCCUCGACCACUUCUUCACGGAGUGUAUUGCCGCGGGACCCGACUUGUGCCCCUUUGCGAACUUCACGGGACCCGACACCAAGCCGAAGGACCUCAGCGCCGCCCUCGGCAAGGUCUACCAGGAGCUGAUCGAUAAGCCGAUCGUCCUUCCGAAGAACUACCCGACAACAACCCUGCCCUGGUGGCAGCCGGGAGGGAUCAGCCUCCUCGGACAGGUCAAGUUCAGUAUUUUCUCCGCUCUUUAUCAACCUAGCUCAUUCACCACCCUGAUGGCCUCCAUCAGCGCAGCGCUCAGCCGCGAGUGGGACCUGUGGAUGAAAGCCGGCGAAGCGGAACCAACCAGCUCUUCACCCGAACCAGCAUGGAAUCUUCAACAGCACGGCUUUCACGGCAUCGCCUGUUCUGACACAAAGUUCCGAGCUAAGACCCCCGAAGACAUGUACAGCUUGCUGCAGUACCAGAGCAGUAAGGGGGGUUUUGCAGAUGGGUUUAUGCCGCAGGUGUGGCCGUGCACGCAGUGGAAGAUGGAUGCAGCGGAGCGCUACGAGGGAAGCUGGAGGAAUAUAACUACUAGCUUCCCUAUUAUGUUGGCCAACAGCCCUUUCGACCCAAUCACGCCAGUGGCUUCUGCGUUUGAGGUUUCGGCUGGGUUUAAGGAUAGUCGGGUUGUGGUACAUGAGGGACAUGGUCACGGCAUAAUGAACCAUCCUUCUGCAUGCACGAUUCAAGCAAUCAAGGAGUACUUUUCUGACGGCAAGCUGCCAGAACAUGGGACUAGGUGCAAGCCGGAUAAGACAGGGUUCGAGGAGGGAAAAGUCAAACCGCAGUGGUGGGAGAAACUCGGAGUUUGA